CAAAUUUAUAGCAAGUCCGGAAGUGGUUUCGUUUUCAGGAAACUCAACAAUACUUUUAGUCGACAAUGGAGCUGAUACCAGGUUUACGGUAAACUAAGAUUGUGUACCAGUUUAUGUGAAUGCAUUCAGUGUAAUUAUAAUGGUGUGACAUGUUUUCCUCUAUUGGAUUUAGGUUUUACUUUGGCGUUUUCCUUCUAAACUGUAUUUCUAUGGCAGCGCAAGACACAGGGCUCAAUCUUCACUGCGUCAACGACUUCGACAGGCUGAUGAUGUGUGCGUUCAAUCCCCCGCCCGACGAUCCGAGCUGCGCCGAGUACACACUCAACACCCGAGUUGAACUCACACAAAGAUACACUGAGAGGAAUUGCAAUUUAACAUCGGACCCAGUUCGGACGGGAAGGUGCAGUUGCUCGUUGGACAUCAAUUUGUUUAAUGUGGGGGACAAUUACACAACAACGCUGCGGAAAGCUGGGGCUCUAGUGGAGUCCAAAAACAUCUCAGCUUACUCAAACGUAAAACCCAAAGCCCCAAUACUAACUUCGGUGACAAGAGAAAAGGGGAAUUAUCUGGUGGCGUGGGACACAAAGUACAAUGACCCCUCCUUCAACCUGACGGUGUGGCUGAACUACCGCAAAGAAGGAGAGAACGGCACGAAAGUGAACGUUUCGUCCACGGAGUCUUAUGAGAUUUUGGGCAAGUCCCUGGAGCCGAGUACAGAGUACCUGGUCAGCGUGCAGAGCUACUCUGCGUUCUACAGUGAAAGUAGUGGAGACCUGACAUUCACCACCCCUGUGUCACCUACCAGUAUUGCGGUUGCGGUUAUUGUGAGUUUGUGUGUUGCUGCUUUCAUCAUCACCAGUUUCCUGUAUCUAUUCUGCACACGGUUGAAGGAGAGUUGGUGGGAUAGCGUUGGCGACUAUAAAAACUCAACUUUGUUAUUCAUGGUCCCAGGAGAUCACAAGGUGCUUAUGCCGCAGAAAACUCCCCUGAGCUCUGUCUAUGUUGAGGCCUGCAAAGAGGACGAAUUCGACGAAAAACCAUUGGACAGCGGUGGUAAUUCCCUUCAAAGUGUCAGAGCAAACAGCGUGGCCUCGUCUCUGGGUUGCUCUCAGAAAGUCUCCAUUGACAUCAUCUCCGAUGUGGAGGAAGCCAUGCGUAUGGCCUUCCCCCAGCUCUCCACAGCUCCCUGCCACAUCGUUGCCCACAGCAACAAUGGUUACAAUCCAAACACUGGGACCUCCAGCCCCUCCGUUUUUGAGAACAUGACAUAUUCCAUGUCUUCUUCUGGGACCCAGGGGUUAUACGCUGCCAACCCGCCUGCUGUACUUAGUGAGUCCUUCUACAAACCCAGUAUGUUGUGGGGUGGGGUACACAACCCUUUUCCAGAUUCUCAGGUGCCUAUUUUCCAGCUGACUGGACAGAGGCAGCCUUUCGAUCCAUCCCAUAUGAAAACUGACCUUUCCUAUCAGUCGCGGAACGCUGAAUCGGGGAGCCUAUCCCAAUCAGAGGCUCUGCAGGUAGACCUCUCGUAUAGCUGUUCUCCGGGUGACACCACUUCUUCCUCCGACCUGCAUGGCUUUGGCUCCUCUCAGUCUGGUGACAACUUGAAAGAGUCACUCCUAGUCGGAGAAGCUGACCGGUCCAGCAUGAUGGAACGUGUUUCCGUUGAGGAGAAACCGUCAUUCAACGUCUGGGUUUCAAAUCCUUCUGAGGUGUCCUGCCCUUCCCCUGCAUGCAGCCUUGUUUCCUUGGACGAUGACUUUCAGGAAUUCCAAUGUAUGAUGAAGCAACCAGGAGUGCUCAUUCCAACGGCAAACGACAGUAGGCCCAGAGGUCGGCCGGACAAGCUUCCUGAGACUCCCUACACUGGAAUGCCUCAAAGAACCAUAGAGGGAGCAAGCACCUUAACCCAAACAACACAAGCAGCCCAGGGUAUUCUGGACACUCAAAGCAACAAGGUGUCUCUUCUGCCUGCGGAUCAGCACAAGCUAAUCAUGAUCAGUGAUUAUCAUAGUGUUUAAUUAGGUCUGAGACCGUCGACUUAAUGGACACUAAGAGCCUCAAUUUAAAGAGAUUUAAGUUGUAUUGAAUUGAGAGCAAGGGCACAAAGCGUGGACCACUGAACUCAAUGGUUAUAACAUGGAACCCGUGGUUAUGUUCAUUUAUAUCUGUAAUAUAAAGUAUGUGACAAAAAGUAAACACAUUUUGUGUGUGUUUGCGUGUGUCAGAGUAGAGAUGGUUGGUUUUUAGUAGAGAUGGUUGGUUUUUGUACAGUGGACAAAACAUUUCAUGGACUUUUGUAAAUAUAAAGCACUUUCAUAUUAUAUUUUUAACUUAGAAUGUUAUAAUAAUGAUCUUAUAAUGUUAUAAAAGAGAAAUAAAACGUGUACUGUAA